AUGCAGGUCAAGGUUGGAGCGGUAAUCGUUCUAUCAGCCCAGAACUUAAUGGACUUCAGAAGUAAGGGCGCGAACGGCGGCGAAUUGGAUACUGCUGCUGCGCUUACAAGUCAGAUUCAUGUUAUCGCGCUGUUGGGACAUACAAAUUAUGAGCUCUCGUUAUUUCAACGAGAAGCCAUCAAACCCAACUUGUGUGAGUAGUACUGCUCUCUGUGUUCUUCUCAGACACCAGUUAAAACCUUGUUGUUUGGAGACGAACUUCAGGCCCAUCUCACUGCAAUUCAGGCCUUAAAUCAAAUUAGCCACACGGCUGUCAGCCACAACAGCGGCUCCAGCUCUUCCUCUAAGCCUUCUUGGAGCCAGAAACAGGACAAGCCUUUUUCAGGCAAAGGCCAGUACCAGCCCAAAUGGAAACAAAAACGCUGGAAGAAAAAGGAAGAGCCCAGCAAAAAAAUAAACGAAGACUUUAUAAUUACUUCGAAAGUAAACUCGAUGCAGGUGAAUGAU